CAGGUACAGCGACUCUUCACAGCGGAAUAUAUUUUACAUUAAAUCUUCUUCAGCAGAAUGAGCAGAGACCCCGCGGACAGACAGACAGCUGUGUGAGCAGAGACCCCGCGGACAGACAGACAGGUUCCGGGUGACACACAGACAGACAGCUGUGAUGGGUGAAAACAUGAAGACGGAGCUGGUGAGCGCCAUCUACUUGCAGGAGGUGGAACUGCAGGAGAAACCAGCCGACAGCCAGCCCAACAACAACAAGAGCAACGUGUGUCCAGCAGACGAGACGUUUACCGUAGAAGACGCUGUGGAGAAAAUCGGCUUCGGUCGUUUUCACAUCCUCCUCUUCUUCAUCAUGGGGAGCGCCACCAUCUUAGAGGCGAUGGAGAUCAUGCUGUUAGCUGUCGUCUCUCCAGAGAUCAGGUGUGAGUGGCGUCUCAGCGACUGGCAGGUCGCCCUCGUCUCCACCAUGGUGUUCUUAGGGUUCAUGUUGUGUGGAGUUCUGUCUGGAUACAUCGCUGACAGAUACGGCCGCUGGAAGGUGGUGUUUGGAGGCUUUGUGUGGAGCGCCUACUUCUCUCUGCUCACAUCGUUUGCUCCUUCGUACGGCUGGUUCAUCUUCCUACGCAGCAUGGUGGGCUGUGGAGUCGCAGGAGUCUCCCAGGGGUUCGUGUUGAAGACUGAGUUCAUCCCGGCCAAGUACCGAUCCAUCCUGCUGCCUCUGGCCUCGGUGUUCUGGAUGCUGGGCUCCAUGCUGAUCAUCGUGUUGGGGAUGGUCGUGGUCCCCUCGAUGGGCUGGAGGUGGAUGAUCCGGAUCUCUGUCACCCCGAGCAUCAUACUCCUCUUCCUCUUCAAGUUCAUCCCUGAGUCAGCGAGGUAUAACGUGUCAGCAGGAAACGUUGAGGCGGCGGUGGAAACUCUGCAGAGAAUCGCCAGAAUGAACCGAGCGUCUCUUCCUCCGGGACGCCUGGUGGAGUCGGUUGUGAGCGAGAGAGGCAGCUGGAGGAUGCUGCUCAACUCUUCCUUCAGACGGACGUCUCUGCUGCUCUGGUACACGUGGUUCGUGGCCUCCUUUGCGUACUACGGCUCGGUUCUGAGCAGCUCGGAGCUGCUGGAGAAGAACUUGUUGUGCGUGACCAACGCUGACGGCGAGCAUCGGGUCAAACCGCGGCAGGACGGCGGGCGGUGUUACUGCAUCCCGUUCCACUUCAACGACUACCAGACGCUGCUCAUCAGCUGCCUCGGAGAAGUCGCUCUGGUCCCAGUAAACAUCUGUCUACUCAACGUUUUGGGACGGAAGUUAAGUCUGACUGUGCUGCAGCUGGUGUCGGCCACUUUGUUCAUGAUGCUCAACAUCUGCACCACAAUGUUUGGCUUCACCGUGCUGCUGUUCCUGCUCCGCUCUCUGGUCUCCAUGAACUUCACUGUGGUUUAUAUUUACACCGCCGAGGUGUACCCGACGGCCGUGCGCUCGUUGGGGAUGGGUUUCUGCACGUCGUUCAGUCGCAUCGGAGGAAUGAUCGCUCCGUUUAUCGCUCAGGUGCUGAUGUCCGAGUCAGUGAUCCUGGCGCUCUCUCCGUUCGCCGCGGCGUGUGUUAUCUGCGCGCUAGGAAACUUUCUGCUGCCGAUAGAAACUCGAGGACGAGCUCUUCUGCAAACGUCUUGAUGAACAAACCGUUACUGUUUUAUAAUUGUUACAUUUUUAUGUAAAGAUAAUAAAUUUGUUACUUUUA